AUGAAGUUAAUCACAGGUUUCCCAAAAUUGAAUGGAAUUUCAGAGCACGACCUGUCAUAUGUGCCGGGUGCACAUCAUCAUGAAUUUGCACUGCCAAAUGGUGAUACGCUUGGACAUGAAAGAUGUGCCACCUCAGCUGGCUUACCGUUAACAAAGUCGGAAAGUACGGACGGUAGGAAGAAGCUACCGAAUGGUAUGUUGCGGGUGCAUCGUAUAAUGACUGAGGAAGAACUUGCACAGGGUAAAGAACCGCGUUGGACGGAGCUGGAGAUACGUGGUCGCAAUCUAAGUCCAUUUUUGUGGGAAAUGAGAUGCCUUACCGCCCUUUUCUUGUAUAGAAACCAUCUGACAAGAAUUCCUUGCGAAAUUUCGAAGUUGGAGAACUUAACGGUGCUGGAUUUGUCAGAAAAUAAAUUACGUAGUCUGCCAGCCGAGCUGGGCGAUAUGAUCUCUUUAUGUCACCUAUACCUCAAUGGCAAUCAAAUAAGGGUCCUGCCUUAUGAGUUGGGCAAGCUGUUUCGUUUACAAACCCUAGAUCUUCGAUCAAAUCCUCUUUCUCCCGAAAUUAAUAAAAUUUAUUAUGAAGCUGGACCUCAGAAACUGCUUCGAUUUUUGUUAGAUCAUUUGGCAAUAAAUACGACAAUACCUCCGGAUCGCCAAUGGAUAAUGAUAAGGCACGCAGAUCCCGAAAGACCGAUCGCAACGUUCACUGUUCUUUGUUAUAACGUUCUAUGUGAUAAAUAUGCCACGAACAGUCUCUACUCAUAUUGUCCAUCCUGGGCUCUCAAUUGGGAAUAUCGAAAAGCAGCUAUUUUAAAGGAAAUUCGACAUUACGAAGCUGAUAUUAUUACCUUGCAAGAAGUAGAAACUGAACAGUUCCGUUGCCUUUUUCAACCUGAGUUAGAACAAAUCGGAUAUGCGGGCAUUUUUUCACCAAAAUCACGGGCGAAAACGAUGGGUGAGGAAGAGCGAAAAUUUGUUGAUGGUUGUGCGAUUUUUUGGAAGUAUGACAAAUUUGAGCUAGAAAAAGAACAUCUCAUUGAGUUUACUCAAGUAGCUAUCAAGAAAGCUCCAACAAGUGAGAAAAUCUUGAAUCGUGUUAUGCCAAAAGAUAAUAUUGCUCUUUGUGCUGUUUUCAAAAUCAGGGAAAAUGUCUACGCUAAUCGACAAAUGACUAUGGCUCCAAGCGACAAUGUGGUUGGAAAUCCACUUGUUGUAAGUACCGCACAUAUUCACUGGGAUCCAGAAUUUUGCGAUGUAAAGCUGAUUCAGUCAAUGAUGUUGGUGCAGGAGAUAAAUACUUUGCUAGAUGAAAUAUCGGAAAGAUAUCGUAUAACACCUCACCAGAUACCAGUUCUGAUUUGUGGCGAUCUCAAUUCACUUCCUGAAUCAGGUGUUGUGGAAUUUCUAUCGAAGGGAGCAAUUUCAAGGGAGCAUCCAGAUCUCAAGGAAUUCCGUCAGGAUCCUUGUAUUACACGUUUUAGUGCAUCCGAUGAUCCCACGGUUUAUACUCACGGACUCAGACUUGACUGUGCUGUGGACCCUAACUCAAUGCCAUUUACAAAUUACACGCUUGAAUUUAAAGGUGUUAUCGACUACAUCUUCUCAACUCCGCAAUCAUUAGCCCGUUUGGGAGUGUUGGGACCGCUGAGUAUGGAGUGGGUGUUGGCAAAUAAAAUAAUCGGCUUUCCACAUGCUCAUGUGCCCUCAGACCACGUACCAAUAAUGGCCCAAUUUGCAAUUAUUCCAACGAGCCAUCAGCGUACCCAGCCUGUUGUCCAUCACUAUGGUAACAGUCAUUCUAGUUCAUUUGGUGCUGUUGGUCGAUAA